GUUGUAUGAAGUUAUCUGCCUUAUUUUUCGGAUCACCAAUUUCACUUAAGAGUUUAACUUAAGUGCACCGCGACGUAAAAAACGUUUCUUUUAUAUUGAUAAUGUAAUUUUUUUCUACAUUGUUGAUGUAUAUAAGCUAAAUUUCUUUUAGGUCAUAUGAUAGUGGCAGAAGUUAUCUUACACUGUCAGAGUAAAGUAUUAGAUUCUUUAAUACUUUAGGUACUAGAAGAGCCAUUACACAUGCACCAGCAUAGAGGCUUGUAAAGAAAUAUUUGUCAACAACUCUCCUAGCAGUAUAUAUAGAAUCCAUUGGUGACUGGUGAGUGGCAUCAACACAAUCUGCAAAAACAAGUAGUGCCAAUGGACCGAAUCAUAGAAAUUACAGAGGAGAUCGACAUUGUGGACAAAGGAAUUGAAGAUGAAAUAUUUAAUGCAUCAAUGGAGAAAUAUUGGACAAAAGUUCAGGAACUGUACACCAAAAACAAGUUUGUCCAUAAAUCCAAACUCACCAAAUCUGAAGAUACUGCUCUUCACUUAGCUAUCUCUUCUUACCAUCCAGAUCAAGAUGACUCUUUACAGCAUCCUCAUCUUAAUUGUAUUAAGAAAAUGAUUGCCAGCAUACCAGAGGUAAAUCGACUAGGUAUCUUAAAACAGAAGAAUGAAAAAGGGAACACACCUCUUCACCUUGCAGCAGAACUCGGGAUUGUCUCCAUUAUUGAGUGUUUGGUAAACCCAGAAGACCCUGCUCUCAUCCGGGAGACCAAUUCGAAAGGGGAAACCCCCUUAUUCAUAGCUGCUUAUCAAGGCAAGCUACAAGCUUUUCUCUACCUACAUGAGUGUGUUCAAGAUGAAAACAGAGAAGGUCCAACUGAACUUUGUAGAAGGAAAGAUGGGGAUAACAUUCUACACGCCGCCAUCUCUCGCGAGCACUUUGAGGUGGCUUUUCAGAUAAUACAUUACUAUCCGCCACUUGUCAACCGUUACAACACAAAGGGCAUGUCUCCUCUACACGUCCUUUCCAGGAUGCCUCAUGUAUUCAGAAGUGGCAGCCAUUUUCGGUUCCUAGACAGCUUUAUCUACAACGGCAUAAAUAUCGAUGAGCUAAAGCUAAUGACAUAUGAAGCUGAAGGCAAAGGCGACUUAAAACUUAAACUAGGAUUCCAAAGGAUUAAAAAAUUAGAGGAAAGAAAAAAGAAACAUACAUGGGGAGUUCAAAUUAUGAAGUUGAUGAUUAAGAAAGAAGAACGUUACGAAUUCUAUUCAAGUACUGGGGAAGAGCCAGAAGAUAGGGACCACCAUAGUCAAGACCUCGCACCACCUACAGAGCCUCCCCUAAUAGAUGAGGAUGUUAAUAAAAAAGAAGAAGACCAGAGUAAGACUGCAGUGAGCGAGCAAGCACCAACUUCAAGCACAGAUAAGAAACAGAAAGAUGAUCCCAAGUCUGAGUUGUCCAAGCCGACCAAGGAGACACAGUCCAAGCAGACCAAGGAGACACCCUUAUUAGUGGCAUCAAGGAUGGGUAUUGUAGAGAUGGUACAUAAGAUAAUUAAAAAAUUCCCAGUAGCCAUUCGAGAUACGGACUCUGAAAAGAAGAACCUACUGCUUUUGGCUGUAGAGCAUAGGCAAACAGAGGUCUAUAAUUGGUUAAUAGGAGAAAAGUAUCCAGAGCACGUGUUUUGUCAGGUGGAUAAAGAAGGAAACAAUGCGAUGCACCUAGCCGCAAAGUUCCAGAAGCUGGAUGUGUGGCGCAUCCCUGGUUCCGCUCUACAGGUGCAAGGCGAAAGGAAGUGGUACAAGUAUGUCCUGCACACUUUGCCACAUUCAUAUGCACAUUCAUAUGCUUAUAACGAGAAAGGUCAGACACCAAGAGAGGUCUACAUAGAGACGCAUGCGAAGUUACUCAAAGAUGGAACUAAAUGGCUCCACAAAAUCGGCAAUUCAUACUCUGUCGUUGCCGCACUGUUUACUACAGUUGCAUUUGCUACAGCUGCCACAAUCCCAGGCGGGCCCGAUGAGUUUGGCCAUCCACGCUUUCAAAAUCAACCUGUUUUUGACGUGUUUUGUAUAUCAUCACUUGUUUCUCUUUGCUUCUCAGUCAUGGCCCUGGUGUUUUUCUUAGCUAUCCUGACAUCUAAAUGCGAACACGAUGAUUUCGAGAAAGACUUACCAAGAAAGUUGCUCAUUGCAUUAACUUCGCUCUUUGUAUCAGUAUCUGCUAUCUUGGUCUCAUUCUGUGCUGCGCAUUCCUUCGUCCUCGGGGAUAAAUUCAAGAAUAAGGCAUUUCUAAUAUACGGGGCAACAUGCAUACCUGUGGUGUUUUUAGCAUUUAAUCAAUUCCCUCUCUAUGUUGAUCUCAUAUGUACAUCCAAAAAGCUACCAAGUCGUAACUAUAAGGAUGAUCCAAACUGGUAGAUAUUAUGACAAGAGUAGAGCAUUGCACGGUUUCCGACUUUAGUUUCCGAAUAAGACUGGGUUGUUUUGUGUUAAAAUUGAUGAAUUCCAAGAAAGAUUUGCCUUCGUCGAGAGGAGGCGAGAUGGAGAUAUCAUUUUUCUAUGUAUCCUGAAUAAACUUCUGUAAGAGUUGCAUGUGAUUUCAUAUACCUUGUUUUCCGGGAUAAAGCUAGUUAAGUAGGGUGCUAAAGGUUGUUUGAUCCCUUAAUUCAUGUGAACUUAAGGGAGUCUUAGGGAACUUAUCAUAUCUGGAUAGCACGAAAAAUGUAUUAUCCUAUUUGUAAUCCUAUUGAAAAAUAAAAAUGCUCAGCUUUACAAGGAU